UAUAUAUUUAAACACAUGUCACAAUGUUAGAAAGAAAAUUAUUAUCAAAUAAUCUUUUGCAAUAAUGUUUUGAUUAGGAUUUAAAAAAAAUAAAAUUACUAUUAAAUAAUAUUUAUUAUUACUUUUUAAUAAGAUUUGUUUUUGUUAAUAUCUUAAUAUAUAUAUUUUUAAUUAUAAGAUAGAUUAACACAUGUCACAAUCUUAAAAUAUAUAAUUGCCAUGUGUCGCGACAUGUUAAUUAACAAUUUUGAAGAACCAAGCUUUAUAUAAUAAGAUAAUGUAUACUAUUAAUAUUUUUUCCAAAAAAAGAAAGGCAACACGCCAAUUACCAGUUCAACUAAUCAUUUUUAUAAUUUUAAUCAUUUACAUAAUUUUGAGCUUAUAAAAGGACGUAUUGUUACCAAGUUCUAAACUCACCUUAGAAAGCUUCCAUCUUUUGACAAAACCAGUUCAACAUCAUCAGGUAAGUUUUAAUUUUCUUCUUGUAGAACAUUCCUUGUCGUAAAUGAUCUUGCAAGAGCUUUAGCUCAAUCACUCUCUGUGUUUUCUUCCGGAAUAUGAUGGUUUAAUGUCUGUGAGUCCUCUAUGAGUUAUCAAAUGGUUGUGUCGAUGUUAAACGUUGUCAGGGAGUGUGAGAUGUUGUUUUGUUAUUCCUUUGCAGAGAUUAUAAACUCAUGAAUAUGAACUCAAGUGGUGAUGAGGAGAAGCUUGGGAAUGGAGUUGUGGGGAUUCUAGCUGAAUCAGUGAACAAAUGGGAAAGAAGAACACCGUUGACACCGUCUCACUGCGCUCGUCUUUUACACGGUGGCAAAGACAGAACAGGCGUUUCCCGUAUUGUUGUUCAGCCAUCUGGAAAGCGUAUCCAUCACGAUGCUUUGUACGAAGAUGUCGGAUGUGAAAUCUCUGAUGACUUGUCUGAUUGUGGUCUUAUCCUCGGUAUCAAACAACCCAAGGUAAUAGGAAACUUGCUUUAUAUAUGAAAAAAGAAUCUACUAAAUAACUUUGUAGGUAUGCAUCUAAUCUUGUAUGACACGCUAUCGGUAGUUAAACAAUCUUAUUUUCUCGAAUUUGUUAUAACACUUUUUUUGGUGUGUGUGUUUAUGAGUUUUAGUGUACUGUGUGUGUUGCAGCUAGAAAUGAUUCUUCCGGAGAGAGCAUAUGCUUUCUUUUCUCACACUCACAAGGCACAGGAAGAAAACAUGCCUUUGUUAGAUAAAGUAAGAACAGUUUUUUUUUUUUUUUGGUAAAAGUAAGAACAGUUUUCAUUCUCCUUUCAUCUCUUUAGUCCUCUUUUAAUAGCAUCUCUAAGAAUGUUUAGAGACCGGAUUGCAGAUAUUGUCUGAGAGAGUGACGUUGUAUGAUUAUGAGCUCAUUGUUGGAGAUCAUGGGAGGAGACUACUGGCAUUUGGUAAAUAUGCAGGCAGAGCUGGUCUUGUUGACUUCUUACAUGGACUGGGAAAGAGUAAGCUGCAAGCAACAUGUUUUUUUUUCAAAAGCAACAAGCUCUCUUUUUGGAUGUUAAUGAAUGUAAUUUUGAUGCAGGAUAUCUAGGUCUAGGAUAUUCAACGCCUUUCCUCUCGGUAGGUUCAUCCUAUAUGUAUUCCUCAUUGGCUGCAGCAAAAGCUGCUGUGAUAUCUGUUGGUGAAGAGAUUGCAAGUCAGGGACUGCCAUCAGGAAUCUGCCCUCUUGUAUUUGUCUUCACCGGAACAGGAAAUGUUUCUCUUGGGGCGCAAGAAAUCUUCAAGCUUCUUCCUCACACCUUUGUUGAACCUAGCCAGCUUCCUGAACUAUUUCUAAAAGACAAUGGGAUUAGCCAAAAUGGAAAAUCUACAAAGCGUGUACAUCAAGUAUAUGGCUGUAUCAUUACCAGCCAAGACAUGGUUGAACACCAAGAUCCAUCAAAGUCCUUUGACAAAGCUGACUAUUAUGCACACCCGGAACACUACAAUCCAGUUUUCCACGAAAAGAUCGCUCCCUAUACAUCAGUUCUUGUUAACUGUAUGUACUGGGAGAAGAAAUUUCCCCGUCUUCUGAGCACCAAACAGAUUCAAGAUUUAUCAGCAAAAGGAUGUCCACUAGUGGGAAUAUGUGAUAUAACUUGUGACAUUGGUGGCUCUAUUGAGUUUGUUAACCGAGCUACUUCAAUUGACUCCCCUUUCUUUAGGUAAAUCUAAACCUUGAAAGGUCUUUCUUUAUAGUCUUUUACUUUAGCUAUCAAAUGAAACUUGUUGAAGUGAUAAAUGUCUUUAGGUUUGAUCCUGCAAAAAAUUCAUACUGUCAUGACAUGGAUGGUGAUGGUGUAAUAUGCAUGGCCGUUGACAUUCUACCCACAGAAUUUGCUAAAGAGGCCUCCCAGCAUUUUGGAGACAUUCUUUCCGAGUUUGUCGGUAGUUUGGCUUCAAUGACUGAAGCUGCGGAUCUACCUGGACAUCUGAAGAGGGCUUGCAUAAGCUACAAAGGAGAGUUGACACCUUUGUAUGAGUAUAUUCCACGCAUGAGGAAGUCUGAUCCACAGUAUGCCCUGCUUCCAUAAAGUGGCAAAUGAGGUCAUAGAGUGCAAUUUUUGAGAUAAUUUUUUUUUGUCUUCAAAUUAAACUUUUGAGGUCAUAGAGUGCAAUUUUUUUUGAGAUAAAAUAAUAUUUUUGAUUUCUCAACAAAAAAAAGUGUGCAAUUAAUAAAUUAAUUUUGUGUUUCAAAAAAAAAGUGUUUCAAAAAAAAAGAUUGCUCAACAGAGUGCCAAAUGAGGUGGCCAUAAGUGUGACUCGGGAUCAUAGACUACAAUCUUAUGUAGCACCAAGGUGGUCCUGCUUGGCUUAGUACUCUAAUUAUGUCAGAAGCUUCUGUCAAUGUGAGUGCCUGAAACCUAGCUGUGGAGCUUUGGAACAUAACAGCAUCUGCGUGUGUUUCCUAAUUAAGUGCUCUCCUUUGUCUCUUUCAUCUUUUAUUUUAAUACCCAACUUGUGGGUUCUUUUCCACACCUAUUGGUGUUGGUUUAUGUUGCUUGCUUUCUUCCUAGCCAGGUUAUGGCUUGUCUGCACUCUGGUUUUUUCAGUUACUUUUGAAUGAAACAUAGUGACAAAAAAAUACCUAAUAAUAGGUCGCCACACAGAUAUCGAUUAUACCAAAACAUUGUUUAAGUUUCACAUUCUGUCACAACACAAGAGCAUAGACAUCAUUUUUUUUUUUUUUUUUUUUUUAGGUAACCGCGAGUUUCCGGCGACCGUGGUCAACCGACUAUUCCCGCGAGGCCCACGGCACUCCACGUAUUCUUGGAAUUUAACCCUAGCCCGGGUAGCCAGCGGGACUCGAACUGCGGGUACCGUAUUGGGGGUUUUCCCCUCAAGUACCACUAGCCCAAGGCCGAUGGUUGAGCAUAGACAUCAUCCACGGAAGUUUGUUUGUUAAUUGUGAAUAUAAAUGCUAACUACGAAAAACACCUAUAUUGCGCUCAUCAUUUAAACGGUCCACACCGCAUAAUACUCUUGGCCUGACUGGUUCAAAUGCAGCGGUUGCGGUUGCGGCUGCGGGAGUUUGCGGACGUGGAUGGUUGCGGUUUCUAGC